GAAUAAGACCAAGUGCGGUAAUUUCAAGUGUCUGUGUUACAUGAGGUCACUUCUAAAUCGACUCAAUGGAAGCUGACCCAGCAAUAGUUCUGGAAUGGUUGGACUCCGUAAACGACGAACUUAGGGAGUUACAACUUACUGCAUUGGAACAACUGUGCAAUGAAGUUCUUUUCUCGGACAAUGUUGAUGUUUUCUUUGAGCGCUAUCCACCUCGCCUCUUCAUACCUGCCUUAUGUAAAAUAUUUUUGGAUGAAUUAGCUCCAGACUCUGUUUUGGAGGCAAAUGCUCGGGCCCUCACUUACUAUUUGGAUGUUAGUUUGGACUGUGCCCCACGGAUUGCACGGUCGCCAAAUGUGUUGACAGCCAUGACUUCUAGAUUAGAUGCAGUUGAUAUGACAUCUGCGAAGAGUAAUGAGCUUGGGCAGCAGAUUAUUAAAAUGUUGCAGCUUAUUUGUACACGAGAGCCUGGUGCCGUGUAUAUGGCCGGGGGACUGACUCCCGUUUUACGUUAUAUACGUCUUUAUCCACAUCUGCUUCAUGCUGAUGUUCUGCAGGCUGGGAUGGAUAUUAUAAGACGUUUGUUUAGCAGAGCAGACCCAACAGACAAGAAUGUAACCAGUUGGAUUGAUGCGUUGAGUUCACUCUUAGACCGUCGAGAAACAGGUGUUGCUGAUCAAGCAUUACGUGCAUUUGCUAAUUUGGUGGCUCGAUUUACUCGAACGGGUACUGAUCCAAGUCCACUUGCUGAUUCUCAUAUUAUUGAUUGUCUUCUUCAACGUCUUCGUGUUGCUGGUGGUGUGGAAACUGAUAAUGAAUUGACAGAUUCAUCUGGCCCCAAUUUGUCAACAGACACAUCAGGGAGUGGUCGUGAUGGCUUUUCUUCAGUCACAUCGGAAAGUAAUCCAGUCGCAGUUCAUGCAGUCACUAAUAUUCUAACUUCACUUUGCUGUAAUUCUGUGAGUAUAACACAUAAACUUCUAACUAGUGAUGGCCAGUUUGCUAUGACAUUGGCAAUGGUUGUUCAACGUAGCACGGAUGAAUUAGUUGUUCUUAGUGUACUGCGACUAAUUGAAAUUCUCUUGGUACUAUUAUAUCAAACUCAAAAUGUUCAAUUGAAAUCACGUGAAUCAUCGCAAAUAAAAGAACAAGUUUGUAAAGCUACUUUACCAGACGCUGUGAAAGAUGAUACUUCAAAACAAAGUCAAAUGCAAAGCCAGUUGUUUAAAUCAAAUCAAUUUCAAACUUCUAUAUCAAUUAUCGAACAUGCGGAAAAUUCACAGAAUACUUCACAAUCUGAACAUACUAUUGAACCUCCUCUAGAGUCCCAGCAUUCUUGGGAAGGCGAUGCUAUACACCGUCAUUUUAUUGAGGCUAUAAAACGACAGGAUUUGGAUUUUAUGAAACGCAGUUUAAAGUCGGGCAAAAUUGAUGUCAAUUACAUGGAUCAUUUAGGACAAACUUUGCUAAAUUGGGCUGCAUCAUUCGGUUCUCCGGUUAUGGUUGAACUUUUAUGUACACAUGGUGCGAAUGUGAACUUAGGUGUUCGUACACCUUUAGAUUAUGCAGCUUCAUUUGGGCGUGUUGAAAUAUGCAAAACUUUACUUAAUUGGGGCGCUGAUAUUAACAAACAAGAUGUACAAGGUAGAAAACCCAUAGAUAGGGCUCGAGAACAUCCUGAUUUUCCUGGUUCACAACAAGUAAUCGAUUUAUUGGAAUCCGAGUCAAAAAGAGCUGGUUUCAAGGGUUUAUCAUCCAAGUUAAAUAAAUCUGAUAAACAACUAACACCUGGUUCAUCAUCUACUCAACAUAAGCCUGAUGAGAUUCAAUCUAAUGAUUCUGCCGAAGCUCAAUGUUUAUUUAUUGAUCAACUUCUUCCAUUGCUAGUUGGAUUGUUUAAGGAAAGCACAUCUUCUGUAAGGCACCAGUGUACACUUUUAGUUUGGCGUAUGAUUCAGUAUAUGCGACCUGAUCACUUAGAAAAAAUUAGUUUGAUGGAUAAUCAAUCAGUUCCAUUCGCAUUUUCAUUAACACAAAUGAUUUAUACGAUAUUAAUCGAAGAACGAGAAGAAUUAAUUUCACGUGCAUUAGAAUUAAGUCUCCGUUUAUUGAAUAAAACACCACAUAUUUACAUUUUGGUAUUCUAUCGCUUGGGCUUAAUUCCAUUGAUACAAAUUAUCAUUGAUAUAUUACAGCAUUUGUUAAUAACGGAAAAUAAAUCUGGCGUCACCGUGACCACCGUCGCUACGCCCACUACUAAUACUGGACAGCAGUUAUCCGUGCCAUCAUCAUCAGACGAAAAUGAGGGAAAAUAUGUGUGCACAGCUUCUGUGACAAAGAUAACCACUGAUACAACAAGUACUACUACCGUAAUGACUUCCACAAUUCCUACUACUGUCCCAGCAUCAAUAAAACUAACUAUUUCUCCCUCGAUUACUACUACUACUACUACAAGUACAAAAACAAAGGAAGUAAUAGAAGAAUUGUCAUUAAAGAAUACGUUAGUAACUGACAAAGAAAACAAAUCGAAAUCAGUUAAAAAUAUUGAGAAACAAAGAGUUCAUGAUGAGUUGAAUGUCAAUUUGAAUGAAAGCAAAAAUUACAUGCCUGAAAUUUUGUCUACACCAGCAAAUGAAGAUGAAGAACAACAGCACCAACCAGUUUUACCGUCUACUUCUAUAUCUGAACGUGUCCACUUAGAUGCACAACUUUACAAUUGGAAUGGAUGGUAUUUUUUCUGUAUGGGUCAAUUAUUAUCAAUUUUCAAUGGAUUCGCUUUUAUUACAAUACAAUUACAACCAGAAGAUGGUGGUUUACGUGUACUGUGUAUUCAUAAUUCUACACAUAGAAACAGUCCAGUACCAAUUCAGUUACAUCCCGGUGAAAAUCCAUUUUCACGUCCUAGUUUGAAAUCACGAAUGCUUCGCAUGCAUCAACAUUUAAUGGAGCUUAUUGAUAGUAAUAUCACUAUUACACCAUUGUUUAAAGAUGUUGAUACUGAAACUGCACAAACUACAGAGAAUGAUGAAGGUAGAGAACAAAUAAAUCAACUGGAUUCUGUGAAAAAACAAACACAAUUAAAUAUACUAACUCAUUCUAGUUUAUCUAAUUUAGAAGCUUCACAUAAUAAUGCACGACGUUUUCGUAGACGCCUAGGUCUGCGUCAUGAUCCUAUUUCUAUCAAUUUAGCAGCUACAACAAUGGGAGGUCAUACAUCUAAGCUUCAACGCCAAGCUUCAUCACCAGCUCGUGUUUGCCUUACUUCGAGAUUUUCAACAAGAAUUCCAAUUCAGUCUAAUCCCACUGGGAGUAUUGGUCUUUUAACUUCAACUACUUCGGUGUCUUUUGGUUCAAUAAUUUGUAGCUUGUUGAAACGAAAAGAUGGAACAUAUGUUUCUGUAAAACCACGCGCACCUACAGUCUGUAAUUCAAAAUCCUUUUUCAAUGAAGCGUUGUUGUUUUCUGAGAAUUCUUGUAGUGGUUUCAAACGUGUACGUAUUGCUUCGGUUAGUCAAGAAAAACCAGUUUCAUCUGUCAAUACAAAUACAGAGUCUAACAAUGCAGAAUCAAAAACACAAACUAAUCCAAAUGUAUUGUUAAAUUCAACCAAACGACAUUCACGAAGUUUCAUAAGUAUGUUUUCACAACUUGACCUACCACCGACUAUGUCUUAUACACCUUUUAUUACUAGUGCUACUACUUCUUCCACUGCUACUAUUAAUCGUAGUAAUAGUAGUAGUGUCAAUGCCAAUAUUACCACUCCUACUGUAUGUAGCACUUCUAUUUAUUCUCAGAGUAUACCGGAAAUCUUCGAUUUUGACUCUUUGAUCAAUUCAGAUACACUGAAUAUAGGUAUGGAUUAUUUAAAUUUAUGUGAUACAACAUCAUUUGAAACACCUACUGAAAAUAAUAAUACAACUGAUUUUAUCGAUGAUGAAAACGAUAAUGAUGGCGACCAUAAAUUUAGUAAAACUGAUCAAUUGCUUACAACUGCUACUAAUAUGGAAUUGUCGAGAAUUGAUAAAUUAUUUUUUCCUAAUGAAAUUAUCCAUGAAACAUAUAAUAGUGGGCAAUUGGUUGUUUUGUUGCGUACAGAAGAUGAUGAUUCACGAUCUGAAUUAACCACUGAACGUCUUAUUCUCAUAAGAAAACAUAUGUUAACUUUAGCUAAUCAAUUAUUAGAGAGAUUACAAAUUGAUUCAUAUUUAUCUUCAACUAAUUAUACAUCAUUAUCAAUAACAUCGUCAUCAUCAUCAUUACCAUCACCAUCAUCAUUGUCAGGGAUUAUUGAUAAAAUUGGACCAAUUAAUGCAUUAAAUAGAAUUAAACUAAUAGUUAUGCAAAUAUGGGAUAUAUUUAAAACAGAUAAAGAUUAUUCAUUCAAUGAAACAUUGAAUAAAUUAUUUAUUGUUUUUAAAAAUUUAUCCAAUCUAUUAAAUGAAGGUGAACAAACAAUUACAGCUUAUGAAUUAACUACAAGUGGUUUAAUACAAGUUUUAUUAUUAUGCUUGUCUGUUGCACAUGCCGGUCGUUGGUAUUGUCAUAUAUUCUCUAUGGAAUUGGAUAAUACAACAGCUUUAUUGUGGUAUCUUCAAGAGAGGAGAAGAGUAUUUAUACUAAAUAUGUUAUCAUAUUCAAAGUCAAAAAGUAUAUCACUUCUUGUUAGACGUUUAGUACAAGCUUUUGAAUUAACAGAACAUCUUCCACUACGAUUAUUUUCUGCAGCUCAUCUGUUACGAUCAUCAUUUACAAAUACUCCAUCAGAUCAUCAUGACACAUCAAAUCACAAACUAGACAGGAAUAAUAUAAAUGGUGAUAAUAAAACAGUUAAAAACACAAACAAAAAUUAUAUUCCGCCCACUAAUUUAAUAAAUAAAAUCGGUUAUUCUGCAUCUUUGCCAAUUAAUUUUAUUAAUUUCUCAUUUAAUCGUUGGCAUUCAGGCAUUUAUACAGAUCAUGGUGAUCCAGUUUCUAUCACUGUUAAACAACCAUUUCAAGAUAGUAUGGAUGCUAAAGAAUUAGCUGCUCUGCUACGUUUUUGUCCUAUUCUCUUGGAUUAUCCAGAAUUUGAUUCAUGUUUUAUGCCUAGUCUGCAUCAAAUUGCUAAACGUCUACCUUUAUAUUUGGAUAAAUUAUCAAACCUACCAUCGGCUGCCAAGUUGAAGAGUAAUAAUAGCGAUAGUACUACUACAGAGAAUAAACUACAUCAUAAUAAAUCGAAACGAUUAUAUAAUUGGCGUGGUAAAUUGCUUUUUGUAAGCCCUUUAGCGACUGUUGGCCAAUUAGAACGUUUCCUUAAUCGUAUGUCAACAAAACAAUGGUAUGAAUGUUCUCGCCUUGAUCUUAGUUUAUGGAGUCAAAUUCAUUUAGCAAACAGUUUUAAUUCUACCGCCGGGUUGUACUUUCCUGCACCUCCACCUGGAAAUAGUUCAGCUGAUUAUCUUGGUGGUAUAAUCGACUGGCUUGCAACUAAUGGUAAUCGUCGUCCUUUAGAAGAUUGGAUUAAUCCAGCUAUUGUUGGAUUGGUUAGUAUAGCUGCAUCAACAAGUAGUCCUGUUAAAGGUAGAGCAGUUUCAAUAUUAGGACCUCAAGCAGGAGCUCUAGUUGGUGGUUAUACAAUCAGAGGUAGUGGAAUAGGAGUGGUAGUUAAACCGAAACGUAUGAAUUGUUCUAAUGGAUCUAGUCAAAAUGAAAGUCGAGGCAAAAAAUCGAUGUCAGAUCAGAAAUCAAGUUAUACUUCAUUUUCUACGGUUAAUAUCAUGGAGAAUGAAACGCAUGCUUGGAUAGCAAUUGAUUUAGGUUUACAAUUAAUACCGACUGCAUAUACUUUAGCUUAUUUAAGACGAGCUGAUGCUUCAGAACACUCACUAGCACCUAGGAAUUGGAAAUUAGAGGCUUCCAAUGACGCUAUAACUUGGAUUGUUUUACGUGAACAUAACAAUGAUUCAAGUAUUCAAUCAGUUUCAGGUAGUCGUGCCACAUGGAGUAUAAAUUCUUAUCAUAAUAAUUAUAAUUGUGAUAAAACUGAAACAAUUUCUUCAACACUGAACACAGCAUGUACUAAAAAAUCUAUAAAAGGUUGGCGCUUUUUUAAAAUUCAAACAACUGGAACAAAUGCAGAUGGUGGCAAACAAUUAGCUCUUGGUGGUUUAGAAUUUUAUGGUAAUGUUUAUUCUGUAUAUCAUUCGGUAUUGACUCCUAGUAUUUUAGCACAGAGGAUCUAUUCAAUUUCAUCUGAAAGAAAAGAUAUUUCUCCUCCUCCUCAAACGAUAACAACAUCAAUCUCAUCAUCAUCAUGGUUAACAGUAAAUGUGAACCUGUCAACAAAUAAUCAAAACGGUCAGAUUAAUCAAAAUGAAGUGAAUGAUGAUGCUAAUGAUAUUAACAAUCGUACGGUUAUCAAAAGUGAUCCUGAAGAAAUAACUGAUGAAAACUCUUCAUCAAAAUCAUCUAAUUUAAAUAUCACGCUUAAACAAAUAGACAAUAAUAGGCGAGAUCCAAAGUCGUCCAGUAAUGAAAUAGUUCAUUGUCAUCAUAUUACUUCAAUAAUACCAUCGUCAUCAUCAUCACAAAAAAAGAAUCCCAUAGAUGAUAAUUAUGAAGGAGAGGAAGGAAAAGUGGAAGCAGAAGAAAAAGAACAUGAUAAUCAUGUAAAUGUUGAUGAUAAUGAUGAUGACGAUGAUGAUGACAAUGAAGAUGAUGAUGAUGACGACGACGACGAUGAUGGUGACGAUGAUGAUGGUAAUGGUAUUGGUAAAAAUAUUACCGAAAACCUUCUUAAUCAUAAAUCAAGUGAUACUUUAAUGAAUAUCUUAUUCGAUGAAGAAGCUGGUUCUGAUGACAAUAUGAUGACAAGUACAAGUAAAUCGGAUGUUGAUAUGAUUUUAGAAUUAUCUGCUAAGAAAUUGGAUAAUUUAAAUAUUUUAUCUAGUGGAACAAUUGAUGACAAAUUAUUACAAUGUUUCGGUAAUCUUCUUGCCAAUGAUAAAUCAUCACCAGAAUUAUAUCAACUUCUACGUCGUAUUGCAUCACAAGAUAUGGAUUAUGAUCUAUCGAAUAAAUGUACAUCACGUAGCAUGGAUAGUAUACAUUCUAGAGAAGAAGAAGAAGAAGAAGAAGAAGAACAUCAUCAUUCAAAACUAAUGAUCAAUCAUCAAUCAGAGGAUACAAAAAGAAUUGAUUCUAUUAUUCUGGAUACUGGAGAAAUCGAUAUCACAGAACCUCAUAUUUCUUAUAUUGAUCAGAGUAAUACAGAAGCAUCUGGUGAAUCUGAUGUACCUGGUUUAGGUUAUCUACUUAAUUCUAUCGAACCAGAAGCUAUAGAGUUUGCAGACACUGUAGAAGCCAUAAUUCGUAGUAAUACUGUUAAAAAUAGACGAAACAACAAUAAUGGUGAUGAUAAUGAAAACCCGAUUGAUUUAACUAUUGACAAAAUAUCACAAGCUCCAUCUCAUUCAUGGGAACAUUUUCAAUCGAUUCAAAAUGCUAAUCAUAAAAAUAAUCCCAUAUUAGUUGACCAAUUAAUACACAGUGAGGAAGAGGAGCCAGAAAAGAUUUGUGAUUCAAUUGGAUUACUUACUCAUUCAUCUACGUCAUAUACUAAUUCAUCAGUGAUUAAAACUGUGAAUACUGAACCUUGUAAUAACACAAGUAAACUAUCCAAAAAUUCUGAUGAUCAUAAUCAACAGUUAAAUGAAACUUCUCAAUAUUCUGAACAGUUAAAUGAAACUGCUUCAUUUAAUACUAACUUAUCAUCAGACAGUUCAGGAUUUCAAGUUCUACCAUCGUCAUGGAAACCAAUACAUCAACAGUUUCGCCGCCGGAUUCGUAGAAAUCGACCACGUCAAAUGAUUUCUUCUGAAUCUAAAGAGACUCCUGCCAGUCACUCGAACUCACCUCAUUCUAGUACUCCUCCUGUUCCUUUGUCGUGGAAUGAAGCAACUGAUGCACUUCGUUUGCCAUUGGGUUUAAUUCCUACUUUUAUUCCGAAUCCUGGUUCAACAAAUGCUCCAGGGACUACAGCGUAUAUGCUUUGUCGACCUCCUUAUAGUGAACCUGAAUGUUCAGCAAAUGACGAAGAUUCUUAUUCACGUUUAUCAUUGUUUCUUGGAGUUUAUAUGAAUUCUGAAUAUCUAAUACAAAUACCAUUACGUGAUAAGAAUGCUACUUUAUUCAAAUAUAUUCAAGAAUUGUCAGAGAAAUUUGAACUACUUGAAAAUUCUAGUGAAUAUCGUUUGUCCAAAUCAAUUGAUGGAAAUGAUAAAACAAAAAAUAAUUAUUUAAUUAAAUUAGGUUAUCGAUUUUGGGAUGCGAAUGAUGAUUGUGUCAAAUCAUCUACAUUAUCAACUAUUCCUACACCUAUUACUGAUGUUAGUAAUAAUGAUCAUGAUCAUGAUGUGAAUGAGUCAACAAUUCGAACAAUCUAUGGGAAGGCAUUAUUAAAUAAACGUGAUUUAAGAUUUACACCAUCUUUGGAUAGACCAAUAAUUUAUACAUCAUCAGGCAUUAAAAUACCUAUAAUUGGUGAUAAUAACAUUAACAGUAAUAAUAACAAUGAUGUUGAUGGCGUUGUUGUGGAUAAUUUAACUAACAAAUCAGAAUACUCAAUAAUAAAUGAUUACAAUGUUCAUAAAUCUUAUCCACCAAGUGAUCCUGAAGAUAUUUUACAACUUAUCAAGUUGUUAUAUCAGUUAUCUGGUUUAAAGGAAUUCAAUUUGGAGAAUAAUAAUAACAAUAAUGAUAAUUCAUUGGUUGAUAAAAGCGAAUCAAUUGAAAUGAAAGUGGAGGAUUUUACAUCUACACGAUUAACUAAUAAGUUAUUGCGUCAAAUACAUGAUCCUUUAGCGUUAGCUUCUGGUGCUUUACCUAAUUGGUGUUUAAGUUUAAGUCAACGAUUUAAUAUUCUCUUCUCAUUCAAUGUACGUUCUCAGUUGUUUUCGGCUUGUGCAUUUGGUCCAGCCAGAGCUGCUAUUUGGCUUCAGAAUCGUCCAUUACAAAAACGUACAUAUUUAACGCAUUCGGAUGGAUAUAGUCGUGCUGGGAGUGCAGGUAGUGCAAGUGGUCGUUCAUCUUAUCGAAUUCUCCUACCAUCCGUUAAUGCUUCCUUAAUUUCUGCUCUCUUAAACAAUACCAAUGCUAGUAAUAAUACUACUGCUACUACUGCUUCUAAUACUAAUACUACUACUACCAUCACAGCCACGGCCGCUGCCAGUAACAUCACUAAUAAUGCACUAGACGAUGGAAAUAGAUCAAUAAAUUCUGAUGAAGAUAUUGUAUUACUACGUCCAUCAAUAUUGAAUCAUUUACUGAAUAUAACCGGUGUUAAUGGAACAGCUAAUAACAAUACUAGUAGCCUACAAAAUACAGACAAUAAUGAUUUCGACAUAAAUUCUGACAAUAUUUCAUCAGUUGAAUCUAUAUUAACAGGUUUAGGAAUUCCUUUACUAACAUCUACUACUUCUACUGCUGCAUCAUUAAACUGUGAUACUAACUUUUUAUCUGAUAGUACUGGGGUCAGUAAUAAUAACAAUGAUUUAAUCAAUUGUUUAUUAGUUCAUGGUAAUCAGAAUAAUCAACAUGUGACCACAUCGAUGGGAGGUACAGCUACUACUCCAAAUGGUGGUGGUGGUAGUAGUGUUGGCAUCGGACUCAUUUCGGAUGAUAGGUCGACUUCACAGAUUGGCCGCUUACAUAAAGAAUUUGUACGUAUUCCACGUUUACCACAUGAAUUAUUAACUCAGUUGACAAGUAAAUAUAUGAAAUCAUCUCCUAAUUACUGCCAUUAUCAUCAAUCAGACAAUUUGACAUUUUGGCAUUGGGCGUCAAGACUUAUGGAAGAGCAUGCAUCUCGCAAAUCUGAACUGGAAAUACAAUUCAUCGGCGAGGAAGGCACAGGCUUAGGUCCGACUUUAGAAUUUUAUUCACUUUUGGCUGCCGAACUUCGUCGACGUGAUGGCUUAAUGUGGGUCACAAAUGAUUUUACAAUGACUAGUGAGCAGUUAACUCAAAGUCAUUCAAUUCUACCCACCGUUUCUAGCUCAGCAACUAUAGAGCAACAUAACUCUUCUGGUAACGAAAUAGAUGACAUUGAUGAGGCAAAUAUAUAUGUGAACACACCUUACGGAUUGUUUCCAGCUCCAUGGCCAGGAGAUCAAGUUCCAGAAUCAGUUCUUUAUCGCUUCUUCAUUUUAGGAAUAACAGUAGCAAAAUGCCUUCAGGAUAAUCGUCGUAUUGAUUUGCCUUUGUCUGCACCAUUAUUGAAACUUCUUUCUACUUACGGUAGUGUUGUCAACACUCACAACUGUGAUAAUCAUGAUUUGGAAAAAUGUCAUUCUGCAACUUGUUCAUUGGACAAUUUUAAAACAACCAAUAAUGUGGAUUUCUCUGUUCUUUCAGAUGUUGAAAGUGCUUUUCAAAAUGUUUUAUAUGGUUAUUCUUAUUUAAGAAAUCAAUUAACUUCUACUACUACUAAUACUACUAAUAGUCAAUUUAUUAAAAAUAAGUUCAAUCCAAAUGAUGAUGAAGAGUUUAAUUUAGCGUCAUUUCUUAUCAGUCCACAAUAUAAACGAUUGUAUCAAUGUUGUGGAUCCAUUGUUCAGAACAGUAAUAAUAGUAACUUACAAUCCUCAACACAUUGGAUUUCAGGUCUGUUAAACUUAAAUGAUUUUUGUAUUAUUUAUCCGGAACGUGCACAAUUUUUGAAACAAGUAGCGGAAUUUCAUCGUCGUAAAUCUACGAUAUCAACUGGAAAUACAAAUGAUAAAUGUAUUAAUGAUUUAGCUGUUGAAAUAUUUGGUUGUGAUCUUACCGAUCUUUGUUUAUCUAUGGAAUUUCUUCCAUCUUCUAAGCUUUUCGGAUUUUCGUCUUAUCCAUUGAAAGAUGUUUAUCAUUGGGAAGCAACAACGACAAUACCAAGAACUACUAAUAAUUCUACAGAAGAAUCAUUGUAUAAAAAUGUGGCAGAGAACUCACAAUCUGCUGUCCCUGUUUCAAUUCAUAAUAUUGAAAAAUAUUUAGAAUUAACAUUAGGCUUUUGUCUGGAUAAAGGUAUUCGUAAACAAUUGGAUGCAUUCAAAGAUGGUUUUGAGCGUGUAUUACCACUUCAUUGGUUAGCGUUAUUUACUGGCACAGAAUUAGGUGAAUUAAUUGCUGGGGAUUCAGUAGUUCAUUGGACACGUGAAGAUCUACUUGCGUAUACAGUACCAAGUUUAGGUUUUACUAAACAAUCACCAACAUAUCAAAUGUUAAUUAAUGUAUUAUGUAAUUUUAAUUCAUCUGAACGUCGUGCUUUCUUACAAUUUACUACUGGUUGUUCUAGUCUACCACCAGGUGGUUUAAAAAAUUUACAUCCACGUUUAAGAAUUGUACGCAAAGAAAUAACAAAUAGUGGACCAUAUCCUAGUGUGAAUACAUGUGUACAUUAUUUAAAAUUACCAGAAUAUCAAUCCGAGAAAGAAUUACGUACACGUUUAUUACAAGCAACAAAAGAAAUUGGUUUUUAUUUAAAUUAAUUAUCUUUAUUCAUUUUUUUUUUAAAGUUUUUUCUUUGUGAUGAAAACGAAUGAACCAACAAAUAUUUAAUUAUUCUACAUUGUCUCGUUGUCAUUUUUAUAUUCUACUCGUUUAUUUUUACAUCAACGUAAAAAAAAAUUACGAAUAGUGGAUAGUUAAUGAUAAUAAUGAUGACGGUGACAACAACUAAUAUAGUUUCUCUUUAAUAAUUUUUUUCUUUCUUUCACAAGAUUACAAGUGAUAAAAUAGAUUCUUAUCAGAUCCAAAUGUUCCAUCAUAUUUCAAUAUGUUCUAAUGAUGAUAAUCUAUCAGUCAGUAAGCAAUGUUGGAUCAUUGCAUGUUUAAGUGGAUAGAACUGAAUUAUAACCUGAGAGUAUAUAUUUAUAUAUAACCAAAAAAAUUGAUUUUCGAAAUCAAUGUAUCACACUACAGUCAUUCUAAUAAUAAUGACAUGAAUAAAUAGAAUAGUUUGAUAAGGAAGAAAAUUUAUAAUCUAUUGUUUUUAUAAUGCCGACAAAACGAAAUAAAUAAUUAUGAUGAAGUAGAUCAUUAGCAUGAUGCAUGAUUUCGGUUUCCUUUCACAGUACUAUUUCACUUCCCAUUUACUGACUCUAACCUUAUUCAUUUAUCAUCCGUAUCACCAAAAAAAGACUUUGAUUUUGUUUAUUUUGUUAGUAUGUUUUUAUUUAUGUUUAUGCAGUGGUUAUUUAUUUAUUAAUUUGUUUACUGGUAAUACUUUAUUUUGUAAUGUAGACACUCCUUGAAGAAUUGUGUAUUAUUUGAGACAUUCACGUAUAUUACUGUUAUAAAAUAAAUGUGUUUAUUUAAUAAACAGUAUAAAAACAGUCACUAG